AUGAGACAAUUUUGGAAGCUUCUCCAUUUCACAGUCAUGACUGUCUUGGUGUUUGUCAUAUCGUUCAUGUCACUUACUACAGCAGUAUCUGUGCCUUCAGAUCAAAUAUUUCAGUAUAUCGAAGAACAUCAACAUGAAUAUGUACAGAGACUCAAAGAUUGGGUGGCCAUAGAAAGUAACUCCAAUGACCCUGCAGAGAGACACCUGGUUACAAACAUGAUGCUUUUGGCAGAAGAGAGGAUAAGAAAGUUAGGUGGAACAGUUGAGAUGGUAGAUCUGGGCAUGCACGAGCUACCCAAUGGAAACAAAAUCUCUUUGCCACCAGUUAUUUUGGCAAACAUUGUAAAAGAUCAAAAAAAGCCUAUGGUAUGUUUUUAUGGGCAUAUGGAUGUGCAGCCAGCAAAAAUUGAGGAUGAAUGGUCAACAGAGCCUUACAUAAUGACAGAGAAAGACAGCAAUCUCUAUGGACGAGGUGCAUCUGAUGACAAAGGACAAGUUCUCGCUGUGCUGAAUGCAAUUGAAGCACUUCAAAAACAUGAACUUCCUGUUAAUGUAAAGAUUCUGCUUGAAGGUAUGGAAGAAAUAGGGUCCAUUGGGCUAAAUAUGCUGGUUGAACAGAGAAAUAGUACAUUUUUUUCUGACGUCGAUUACAUUGUGGUCACUGACACUGCAUGGCUCAGCAACAAACCUGGUAUUACAUAUGGGACAAGAAGAAACUGCCACUUCUUUGUUGAGGUGCAAUGUGCUAAAUGAGACUUACUCGGGGGCUUUGGAGGAAUAUUACAUGAAGCAAUGAAUGACUUAAUAUUUCUGUUAAAUCAAUCCGGCAUGGUUCAACCUACCAGGAGCAAAAAGCCCCUGCCGACACAGGCUUUGGGGAUCAUUAGAGCACGCAAGCUGUCUUGCCAUGACAAGGCACGGAUACCAGAGGACAGUACACUGUAA